UAUUCGUUCGUGCGUUCAAAUUUCAGCUUCCAAACCAUCCAUCCAGAUCCGGUCGUCCUUCCCCCUCCGGCCUAUUCUCUGGUCUUGACUACUACUACUACUACUAUAUAUAGCCCCGCUUCCGUCUCUCACUCUCCACUCCUCAUUUCCUCCCCCUUUUCUCUCUCUAAAAGCACAAACCCCAGCUGCCCCUACGAGAGAUCAAAGUUCGUUUGUUUCAUUAUCGCCUUGGAUCUCUCAUUUUCGCCCAGCCACCAAUCAACAAUGUCGACGGAGAAGGAGAGAGAGACUCACGUCUAUAUCGCCAAGCUCGCUGAACAGGCCGAGCGCUACGAAGAAAUGGUUGAGAGUAUGAAAACAGUUGCAAAACUUGAUGUGGAGUUGACUGUGGAGGAGAGGAACCUGCUUUCUGUAGGGUACAAGAAUGUGAUUGGUGCCCGGAGAGCAUCUUGGCGUAUUAUGUCUUCAAUUGAGCAGAAGGAGGAGUCUAAGGGGAAUGAGAAUAAUGUUAAGCUCAUUAAGAGUUAUCGCCAGAAGGUAGAGGAGGAACUUUCGAAGAUCUGCAAUGACAUUUUGACCAUCAUUGACAAGCACCUUGUUCCCUCUUCCAACUCCGGAGAAGCAACUGUUUUUUACUACAAGAUGAAAGGCGACUACUUCCGGUAUCUUGCUGAAUUUAAGACUGACCAGGAAAGAAAAGAGGCUGCUGAACAAUCACUGAAAGGCUAUGAGGCUGCUUCGGCCACCGCAAAUACAGAUCUGCCUUCAACGCACCCAAUUCGUCUUGGCCUUGCUCUCAACUUCUCUGUCUUCUAUUAUGAGAUAAUGAAUUCUCCUGAGAGAGCAUGCCAUUUGGCUAAACAAGCUUUUGAUGAAGCAAUUGCAGAGUUGGACACCUUGAGUGAAGAGUCAUACAAGGACAGCACACUGAUUAUGCAGCUUUUGAGAGAUAACCUCACUCUCUGGACUUCUGAUUUGCCCGAAGAUGGAGGUGAUGACAACUUGAAAGCUGAAGAACCCAAAACAGCAGAAGCUUAGCAUUGAUGAAUGAUGAGUCAAAUUGGCUCCUUUACUGAGCCUUUCUCAAACGAGGAUUACAUUCGACGAUGGCUUACAUUCUUUCGUUGGAGGGUCAACUUUUCGGGACAUCUGAAGCCACAAGAUGAAUAGAAUUUUUGUUCCGAACUUAUCUCCUUCCCAUGUCAAUCAUUGAUUACCGAUUGUUCUGCCUUCAUGUUUUUUCUUCCUAUAAACUACUUUUCAUGCAAAAAUAUUUAUCUUUUGCCCU